AUGGAACGGACAGACAGUGGUAAAUAUCCAGAUGAGAUUCUUGCUGAAAAGCUCAAAGCCUCAAGGAAGAUGCCUGCCGGUGCCUUUGGGGGCACGCAAAUUCCCGCGAUUUUCGAGCCUAUCGAAAUCUUGGGCAUCGAACAUGGACGCAAAAUAGGUGUCUGUACGCUAAACGAAUACAGGAAAUUCCUUGGCUUGCGUCCUUUCAAGGACUUUAAUGAAAUGAAUCCGAAGUUGGCAAACGAGCUGAAGGAACUUUACAAGAAGGUUGAUAAUGUGGAACUGUACCCUGGCAUCGUUGCUGAGGAGGCAAAGCCGGCCGGCCCUGCCGCGGGCCUCUGCACAGGUUACACGGCUACCUUUGCUAUUCUGUCUGAUGCAAUCGCCCUGGUGCGCGGAGACCGCUUCCUCACUAUGGAUGCAAAUCCGUACAACCUCACCAACUGGGGUGUCGCGGAGACGACGCCAGACCUUAAAAAGCACUUUGGUAACAUAUUGGGUAUCAAACUCUUCAACCGCCAUCUGGACAAUGCGCGCUUGAAAGACCUCGGGCUUUCGUUCCCUUUGGACGACAUCCAUACACAUUACAUGUUUUCGACGCCGGAGGAAAUUCAAAAGUACAUCUCGCUUUUGAGGAAGGGCGAAAAGCCUCAGGAGAUCAGGAAACCUAAGCGCAUGGUAGAUCACCAGAACCGGCCCCUCAUGAGUGAGGCUACAGGACCGGGGUCCAACGGUGUAUUGAGGGGUGCUGUUGGGAUUGACGGGAUUCGUACGGCUUAA